AUGUCUUCUUCAGAGUUCCCUACCGAGAAGGAGAAUGUUGCUCCUCACCAUUUUCCUUACAAGGUGCGAAAGCCAAAUAGAAGACACACGUUGCUGCCUGUGCCUCCCAGGAGCAUCUUGAAGGCUUCAGCGGAUCAAAACCAUACGAUCGCCAUAAUACCGAAGAAUAAAUCAAAAAAGAGGAGAGUCUCGUUUGCCACAGACGUUGACGUUCGCAGUAUUAUCCAUAGAACGCAUGAAGCGAACGAGGGCGCUCAUGAUAUAGGAUUCAAUCCUCGCAGACGUGACUCGCUGCAAGUAAUUCCCUCAUACUCUCAAAAAAGAAUAUCGUUUUUUGGACGCAAUGACAACUCACCUAGUGCAGACGAGAAUGAAGAUUGCUCACAGGUUGUUGACAAGACUCAAAUGUCACCUGGUUCGAUUGAAGAGGACAACAUGAGUCAGCCAAUGGAGAUGUCAGAAGAGCUAAAUGCAGAGGUGCGUGAGCUUGUUCGCAGAAACUACGACGCAGAAACGGAAACUUUCGAUCCCACGGAAGCUCCAAAUCUGGAGGCUACUUUCAAUCAGAUAGAAGAGGAGGACACGAUGGAGUUCACUCAGCCAGUUAGGAGACCGGAAAAACCAAAUCCGGAAUCUGUGGACGAACCGGAAGUGUCACAACCAAUGGACCUAGCAGAGCCAGAUCGUCUUGAGAUUGAUACCGGAGAAAACAGAGAUACUCUGCAGCGAGAGCCAGAGAAUUCAAUGGAAAUCACGCAAGCGAUCCAUUGCAAUCAUGAAGAGCCCAUAGACACGGAGGAAACGAUGGAAAUGACGCAAAUAAAUAAACCUACUGCUGACUCGCAGGAACCUAUGGAAUUCACCCAACCAGUACGAACAAUUGCACGAGAUCAAUCUUUCUCUAAUCUGAGAACUCCACCACGUCUUGAGAAACCGCAUAUCUCUACUCCUAGUUCAAGUGCUCGAGCCCAAAAGAUCCGCACUGAUGAGUUUGGAUCUCCACAAAGCACUUCCAAAGACUCUAUGCUCGAUCUGGGAGAACUUGCCAAGCCGAAAGACAUCAUACAGAACCUUAGGAAAGCAGAGGAACAGCAAGAUGAGGAGGGCUUUUGUCAGAAGCAGGAUGGGCAAGAUGAGCAGAAGGAUAAGGAAUUCACGGAACAAAAUGCGAGCGCAGACAUGAGUGCUUUUGAGGAAUCUAUCAUCAUUGCGGAGAAGGUUCCACUAGCAGAGGUUACUAUGGAUUCAGAGAAUGAGGAAGCGAACUUUGAAGAUGAUGACGACGACUACGUUCAUGUAACUCUUCCGCAGUUCCUCAAUCAGGUCCAGGUUCAGUUUUAUGACAACAUCGGACCUUCCGAACGCGAACUCACUGUGACCAGUGAAGGGUCAGGAUCUCAGGCUCUUCACAAAUACGUGGACGCCGUGACAGAGUUUCCUAACUUUGAUUACUUCUAUCAUCUCAUUGCCCAGCGCAAGUCGGGCAUCGAUCGCUCGCAAAAGAGCAUCAACGAUUUUAGUGAGGCAAUAAUCAAUAACAACCCAACUUCUGUUAGGGAGUUUUACGAGAGCACAGACGAGGUUCAAAAGGAUUUGAAGGUCAACUACCAAGCGUUGGCAAGUCUGGCAAGAACUAUUGCUGAGCAUGGCAACCUGGUGUUCAUGAAAAACUCCUUGGAAGGACUGCUCAAAUCGUACGAGAACCGCAAGGCUUCAGUGAACUCUCAGGUUGCAGACAUGGAGGAAAUUCGCGCAGCAUUCUCCUCCGAGUACCAAGAAUGUGUAAAGAGGAAAGCAGACCUCACGAAAACGCUAGCCUUACUGCACGACAGGCAGAAGAACUUUGCGAAUGUUGACCUUGACAAGCUAGAACUGCUGAAGGGCAGAGUGGAAGAUGCACAAGAACAAAAUGCUCGUCUGAGAGAGACCAAGGGGGAGCUUCAAAAGGUCAUUGCUGAAGAAGAAGAAAAAUUCAAACACGUCUCCGCUAAACUCUUGGAAGCACACGAAGAAGACAAGCGGCUGAAGAAACGCGUGAUGGAAAUCAAACUCCCAUCCCAAAAUGAGCUAUACCUCUUGCAACAGCAGUUUGUUGACCUCCAAAGAACCACACAGGUGGAGCUCCUUGUGCUGAACGAAAGGGAGUUCAAGGUGCAGAUUAUGAAAGAGCUCGAAGUGAGGAUUGACCUUUCCACUGGCACCAGAACUCUCAAGAUGUCUCCGACCGACAUGCAGUUUAGCGACUUAUAUUCCAAAUUCGCGGUCCGUUUUCAAUCUGUCAAAGGUGUUAGCUUGAAAGAUUACUUUGUUCAAUUGCGACAGUCCUAUGCACAGUUUAGAGAGCUGGUCAGAGAGCUUCGUAUUCUUCAACUAUAUUACCAGUUCCAACAAAAGGACAACGACAUGGUUAUCACCAUUACCAAAUCGGAUCUGUACAGGCUAGACGCUAGGUUCAAUGUUGACGAGCUGCUAUCAUUAUCUGAGCCCGUGAAGGUGACGACGCAUGUGGUUAGUCUAUGCGGGAGCGAGUUCGCGGCGGACGAUAUUUUGAAAAACGCUCUUAGUGAGACCAGCCUCCAUAUUCUACAGCGGAUGGAAAUAUAG